UGCAAGUGUGUACUUUGGUCGACUUUCUCUAAGGAACGUCUCUCGCUGUGUGGACACACAACCACUUAAACCACUUGUCUCUGUUGAAGCUAAAUAGACAAGAGAUUUGCUGUUUAUUUGCCACACGAUGAAACGUGAUUUUAGCUGACCGGAUUGUUUCCGCGCAACAAGAUUUAGAACAGCUUGCCCUGCAGAAGUAUAAAAAUGGUAGCAAGAGCCUCACUGAAAAGGUAUGCUGCAACAUCCGACUUAUCUAAUGUUUGGAAAGAAUUUCAUCUCACUAUAUAACUCUUUGUGUCCUCUUAUCUUCCUCAAUAGCGUGCCAACACAGCUGUGUUAUCAACGACGAAGGAAGGCAUUGAUAAGUAACCGACGAGAGCUCCCCCGGCUUUUAUUGCUACAGCGUUUGGCUGCGUUCCUGCCAUUCCCAGUACUGGAAGGGUGCUGUAGGGGGUACAUGCUUGCAGGGACCCUUGACUAUCGUCUUUAUUGAGGCACGCCAGGAUUUCCGUGUGAGUUACGUAGUGUGCGCCAUCACCAUCCAUCAAGCUCACUUGGCAGAAGUGGAGGAGUUCACGGGCUUCUGAACUCUGACCCCGUAAUCCCAGCGUAUUCCAUACUAUCGUCUGCACAAGGCUCACGCAGUGGAGAAUGUUGAAACGUCUGACGCGGUGUUGGCGGGAUUUCUGGGUUCUAUCUCCUGUCGUCGUGCUGACAGAAUUGCCAGCAGCGCGAGUUUCUAUCGGCGGUGGACUUGUCCCAGGAUUGAUUCCCGGUUUUGCUUGAGAUACGGUCGCGGUUUGUUCUCAGACGCGCUAGAAGUUCCCCGUCUUGCACCGGCACUGGCAGCGGACAGAAACGUUAGACUUUUGCCUGGGUCUUUCACAGCCUGUGAGACGUGACUUCCUCGGCCGCCAGCCAAGACUUGGCCGCCACGGGGACGAGAAACAACAACCCCGGAGCCAGCCGCGUCUUCGAACGGCACAACAUUUUUGUGUAUGGCCUGUUUUUAUGGCAAACUGAACCAGGUUCAACUGGCAGACUCUGCGAUGUCGGUGUACUCAUUGUUCGUCUUGGUGUCGCUGCUAGGAAAGCCCUUCGGCUACUCACACUUCGACACGAGGUCAAGGUUAGACAGACACCUGGCGGGAGUCGGCAGCACGGAGGACCUCAUCAGGCUCUACUACCCCCAGCAAUGGAGGAAAAUCAUGUGCCACAUGCGGGGCGGAGGGGAGCGGUACCUGUCCGACUAUCAGUCCGACUACAGCGAGGAUGGGUCCGGGAUGGGGCGGUCGGCGGCGGCUGCUACCAUGGACCUUAUGGACAUUGUGAAUAAGGUCGAUGAGGAGUGGGAGAAGGCGUUCUGUAAGCCCCGAGAGACGGCCGUGGACGCCGCCACGGAGCUCCAGGCGCCGACUGACGUCACCUACCGCCCCAGCUGCGUCUCCGUCUUCCGCUGCGGAGGCUGCUGUAACGACGAGAUGUACGAGUGUAUCGCCUCGGAGAAGAACAUGGUCUCGAAAACGAUAUUUGAAGUGGGUCUGCGCGGCCCGAACCCUGUGACGAAGCCGUUUGAGAACCACACCCGCUGCGAGUGCCGCGCCAAGAUGGGCGCCAGUUCGUCCUUCCUCUUCCAGCGGGGAAACUACAAGCGAGCCGUGUCACCUCAUGUCAACACAAGAUGUUAUGCACCAAAUAAAACAUGCGGGCCACAUCAAAAAUGGGACGACAGAGACUGCGCAUGCGUCAGCGACCUAACGGUAAUAGCUGACGACGACCACUGCGGACCGCUGAAGGAGUGGAGAGAAGACGAGUGCGCAUGCGUGUGCAAGAGGCCGUGCCCCCGGCGGUUCAUAGAGGACCCGCAGACGUGUGAGUGCACCUGUCCGCCCUACUACAGGAACCGGUGUCAGAGAAUCGGCCACAGACUGCACUGGGGCACAUGCAAGUGCGUCCCGAAGAUUUGCCAUUACGUCGUGGCAUGCCCGAUGGGGACUGUUUACAGCGAGGAUGUUUGCGCAUGCGUCAUGCUUGCUGGUGGAUGAUUUAGCUCGAGGAAGGCCUUAAAAAGGAACAAAACAAAAGAAAAAUAAUGAUCGGAAAAACACCUCACCACGGAUAUCCUUCGAAACCUGUGAUAUGGUUAAAAGACAAUCUUAAUACUUGCCUUCCAAUGCAAUAGAUAAGGUCCUGAGAACAGUGGAUCUUCCAUGUUCAGGACAAGAAACCCUGAGGACACAGCAGCGUUUCAGUUGCGAUGUGCUUUAUUUUUAUUAGUAAAGGCAAUGGGGCGUUUGAUGGACCCUUGGUAAGCAUCUAGCAUGUGUUUCCCGCACAGUCCGCAAGGGGUCCUCAACAACACCAUGGCAGAUAUGAACGACCCACAACUUGGAAAACUGCACACCGAAUUUCCGUUACUGUGAUACGAAAGAAAUAUGUACUUUUGCGUAUGGAGUACUUCACAUACAACUGUGUGUCAUCUAUAGAUGAUAAUAAUGGAUAAUCUAGGCAAUGCAGGUGUACAUUAGCGAUUCAUAUCUGGUGCACACUAUUGUUGGAAUAUAUCGCCAAAAUAUCUUGCUUUUAUAUCUGCAAGCAUGGCACUUGUAUGUUCAACAAAAAACGAUAACUUGUCGUUUUCAUCCACACACAUUUCGCUGUAUUGGCACCUCUGCUUUGUGUAUAAAUGAUUUCACGUGUCAGGAGGCCUGCUGAAACAUAAUUAUUCAUUGUAAUAUUAUUAUUGCUGUAAAAAACGUUAUAUUUAUGUAGGCUGAUUAUGUUAUGCUUCAUUGUGCUGUAUAGUAUUAGGUUUAAUGUCUAUUCGUAUGUGUAAACAGAAUCAGUAAGUUUGGCGUGACUAUUAUUGUAGAGCGAGGGAUAAAAGUUGACAAGAAAAACUUGCGUAUUCUUCAAAAUGCACCGCAUUGUGAAUAUUUUAUCAACAAUUUUGGUUUAUCAAAGCUCUAUCACUAUAAAGAUAUUUGAGUUUGUCAACUUUCACAGUUUUCUAUUUGUUCAACUUUUUGACUCGCUCCCCUGUGAUGUAUGCAAUACACGUUUAUAUUUGCUUUCUUUGGAGGCGAAUUGUUUUUCUUGAAACGGAACCCAAAAAUAUGCUGCUGUUGACAACACAUCAGCGACGCUUGGUGAAUGGAAAAUUUCAGAACAUUUGGUUGCCGCAAUCGACCACCAGGCGACCCAUAUCUCCCGAAAUCCUCCCAUCCGUUCUACGUUUAUGAAGGUUAGACAUCCAGGUAAACAAUAUGAAUAUGAAGUUCAUGAAACUAUGAUUCACAUUUGAGUGACCUUUGUAUACGAUCCUUAGGGGAUAGUGAAUUGACAUGUUCUACCAGUUUUUCUAGUCAGCUGUACUUGCAGUUGUAUUGAAUUGUUCCGCCAGUUCAUUGUAGUGACGCUGCAGAUCUCGAUCUGUCACUCGAAACGUCUGGAAGUAAAUCUCGUUUUUUU